AUGGGAAGGCAGGCUCAAGAGAGGGCUGCCAAUAUUGCCCAAGCUGCUGAGGCCGCUGCAGCUGCUGUUCCGCCGAAGUUCGAUGGAAAGGGUGACCCUGAGGCCGCGCCGCGUCGGGUGGAAGAACUGAAAAAGGCCUUUGAAGUCUUGGGGUGCACCGAGGCCGAGAAGGUGACUUUGGCUAUGUACCAGUUGCAAGAAAAUGCCAGUGAUUGGUGGAAGGCCACUAGGGGGAGAGUGUUCCCUGAGGGUACUGCCCAGACUUGGGCUAUGUUCACUGAGAAUUUCUACGGAAAAUACUUUUUUGAGAGUGCUAGAGAAAGGAAAUUAGCGGAGUUCAUGAGACUUCGCCAAGGAUCGAUGACUGUGGAUCAGUAUGAGGCGGAAUUUGCAAGGCUAUCGAAGUUCGCGCCAAGGAUGGUGGAGGACCCACUAGAUAAGGUCCAAAGGUUCCGGGAUAGGCUGAAGCCGGACCUUCGUAGCCAGAUGAUCUCGCUGAAUAUCCGGGAUUAUGGAGAAAUGUAUGAGCGAGCUCAAGCGAUAGAACGGGAUCAGAUGGAUAGGGCCGCCGCUUCUGGAUCGCGGUUUGCCCCGGCUAAAGACAACCACCGCUUCGGGAAGAGGCCGAUGGCGGGAAACAGGCGUUUUGUCCCUCCCGUUAAGAAGAACAUCGGGAAGCCGAACCAUUCUCAGAAUCAAUUUGGGGCAUGUUUCGGGUGUGGGAGCCUGGAUCAUCAGAUAAGACAUUGCCCUCAAUGUCCAACAGGACCGCCAAUACAAUCUUAG